AUGAGCAAAUCAUCUUCUAAGCGAGCCUCUGCAGCUCAAGAUCGUUUAGAGCUAAUCCAAAGCAGAGUUAUUGUAGAACGUGACAGCGUUUCCAGUAUAUCAUCAAGUGACUUUCCUUUUCAUACUAGUAAUCGAUAUUCAAAUAUUGAUUUUUUAGAAAAAAUAAGGAAGAAACUAAGAGUCUCCAUCGAAAAAAAAUCUCAAUAUGAUAUGGAAUUUGACCUAAUUGGAGUUGAUGCAUCAAUAGCAAACGCGUUAAGAAGGAUUAUGAUCGCCGAGGUACCAACCUUGGCCAUCGAAAAGGUUUUUGUUUAUGACAAUACAUCAAUAGUACAAGAUGAAGUCUUGGCACAUCGGUUAGGCUUAAUUCCAAUAAAAGCCAAUCCUGAUGAAUUUGACUUUAAACUAUCGACCGAGCAUCCAACAGAUCAGAACACAAUUGUAUUUAAACUGAAACAAGAAUGCAAGCGUAAUCCUAAAACUGCGGCAAAUGAAACGGAUCCAAAAAAAUUAUAUUUAAAUCACAAUGCUCUAAUAUGGGAACCUAAAGGCGAUCAAGCUGACAGGUUCAAAGAUUCUCAGAUUCGACCCGUUCAUCAAGAUAUCCUUGUAGCACAAAUGAGACCAGGUCAGAAAAUAGAAUUGGAAGCACAUUGUGAAAAAGGAUGUGGCAAAGAACAUGCAAAAUGGUCCCCCGUUGCAACCGCAUCGUAUCGCUUAAUGCCAGAAAUAAUUUUGAAGGAGGAAAUUACUGGAGAUCUGGCCAUUAAAUUUGCCUCGUGUUUUACCCCAGGUGUAGUUGAAGUCAAGGAUGAAAAUGUCGAUGGGAAAACUAUAGAAGUUGCCAAGGUAGUAAACCCACGGAUUGACAUGGUCAGUCGGGAAGUAUUACGACAUAAAGAAUUUGAAGACAAAUUAGAGUUGAAUCUACGGGAAUUCUAG